GACAAAAAAUUAGAGUAGUGUAUCUGUGGAGGCAGGGAAGCAGCAUAUCUCCGCGCUGAGCAUGAAAACCAAGACGCACCAUAACAAAACAGGAUUUUAAGACGAAACGCUGGAUUAUGGAGGUUUAAACGAGGUUUGACAACACACAAUUUGGAAUCUGAGAUUUUGUAGUUAUUGUUCAAUAAUAUGGGGAUGGACAGACGGAGACGAGCGUCUCUUGCACUCACCUUGAACUUCAUUGCGCUUCUGUUCGCUGUUUCCGCACUUACUACCAGUUAUUGGUGCGAAGGAACCCGGAAAGUUGUAAAGCCGUUUUGUACGGGGCCAGUUACUUCGAAACAGUCGUACUGCAUUAGGUUUAACAGCUCAAACCUAAACGAUACCCGAUUGGUACAGUAUAUUUGGGAAACUGGAGAGGAUAAGUUUGUCAUGAGGAAAUUUCAUUCCGGAAUCUGGUUUUCCUGUGAGCAAAAUGUCAACAUGAUCGGUGAAAAAUGCAGAAGUUUUCUGAACAUUGCGCCACCCCAUGAAAGAGGUGUCCUGUGGCUGUGCAUCGUGGCCGAGUGCCUAUACAUCCUGCUGCUAUCCACAGGAGGCAUUCUCAUGUCCAUAGAGGUGUGCCAUUUUGGCAGCGUCAUUGAUGGCCUCAAGCUGAACGCCUUCGCUGCCAUAUUCACCGUCCUAUCAGGCCUCCUUGGGAUGGUAGCCCACAUGAUGUACACAACAGCAUUCCAGUUAACCGUUAGUUUGGGCCCAGAAGACUGGAAACCACAGACCUGGGACUACAGCUGGUCAUACAUACUAGCAUGGAGCUCCUUCACUGCCUGCAUGGCUUCUUCCGUGACUACCAUCAACCGCUACACAAAGACUAUUCUGGAAUUCAAGCACAAACGCAAGAACAUUGAGAAGAACCUGAAGAUCAAGCAGAAGCUGCUGGACCUGGAGUCCCCAGACCAGGUGUGGGACAUGUACAUCAGCUCCGUCCCCAGCUCAGCCGCCGAGGAGCUCCUGGACCUGUCCAGCUCGGGACGCAAGCUCUCCAACAACUCCGUCUUCCUGGACCUCAACGAUCUGCCCGACCACCACCACCACCACCACCACCAGCAGCAGGUGGAGGAGUAUUGCUGAGGUUUCGCCCCUCAAACAGAAGAGGCCUGCACUGGGUGUCUAGUGCUGCCAUUCCUCCCUCCCUCGUCCGCCGCACCAAGCUCCACCCUCCUCAUCCAACUACUGCAGCCUGCCAGCAGAGGCCUGAGUGUCCUGUUCUCUCACAGUAAACAAAUCUGAUCUCCAUCUCUCUCUCUUUUCUCUUGAAAAUGGGCUAUGUUGUGACCAAAAAAGACUGUGUUGUCAGUGAGUUUCUGUCAUCUCUGUCUGUUUGUUUGUUUGUUUUGAUCAUGCACAUACAUGCACAGUGUAAAGAUGGGAGUAGCUGACCUUAUUGGACAUUUAUGUAUUUAUUUCUUUUCCUUAUCGCAUCAAUUCAAAUGCAUUGAUACUGUGAAAAUACAGAAUAUGGUGAAUAAUAUCUUCACAAUUUACUUUCCAUAUCAAUAGAUAUGAUCCUGUAUUAAGUGUAGAGGGUCAGCUUGCUGCUCAGUCAUUAGCUAACUGCUGAUUCACGCUUCCCUCUAAACCAGACAUUCCGACAUAAAAGCCAUUGUGUUUCCUAUUCAAAUUCAAAUGGAAGGCAUGGUUUUCCAUCAUAAGUAAUCCUACAGCGCCCUCAGCUUCAGUCUGCAAGAGUCCUGCUGUGUGUAAAAUGUAUUUAGUUACAGUCACCAUGCUGAGUGCCUUUGCUUGUUAUAUUGAUCUACUUUUCAGAGUCGUUUCAAACUGCAUGAUGAAUAUCAUUGAUAGCUUUAGUCUCUGAGCAUGUUUUGUAAUAUGCAAAUGUAACUAAUUCUAAUUCCUCUAAGUCCUCUUUUGAAUUUGUCUAAUUUUAAAUCAGAGAACAUUUUUUAUCUCGGGUUCAACUGCCAAAAGACAAGCUAAUCCUUUCUUGAUACUGUGCGGUUUUGUUUUUUCUUGUGUUACCUAAUUGUGUGAUUUAUGAUGUUUGUAACAGAUUGGUCAGUGCAAUUGCUUUUAGAGCUAAACACACAAAUGUGUACCCUAAGAGGGCAUAUUAAGGCGUAUAUUGAAAUACUUGCAAAUUAGGUGGUUAGAAUUCACUUCAUGAGCUUUCAAUGUUUCAUGUAUGUGAUUUUUUCUUUUUGUAAUUUCAAGCCCUUUUGCUCUUUGUUACUACACUUAUUUUGGUAAAAAGUAGACCACAAUAGGAAUACAUGUUGUUUUGCUCAUUGUACAGAUCACUCAUUUCUUUUGAAUACUAGAUGUUAUGAGGCUAUUGAUGUUGUUAUGGAGAGCAGAGUUGCAUGGAUCUUAAGCCUUUUGAGCAUGUUCAUUUGAUAUAUUUGGGGACCAUUUUGCUGAUAAUUAGACUUAAGCUUUACCCUAAGCUAUAUAACCUCUCAAUAAGGCACAUCAUUGACAGAUAAACAUAUGUUCAUGUUACCCAUAAUACUUACUGAUUGAGUGGGCCCUGCUUGUCCAGUGUGCAGAAACGAUACUCAGUUACAGGGGUUGGGCAAAGUAAUGGAAACAUGAUUUGCCAUUGAGUUAUGCUUCCCAGAGCUAGUUUUUUUUAGACACAAUUCAUCUCGAAACGUUUAUCUACGUUUUUGUUAACAAGGCCCCAGCCAUCAGCACUCCAACAAUGUGUUUUGUCUUUAGAAGUCUGAAAGGUCAUAGGCUACAGUUUUACAUUUACUGAUGCACAGAUUAAAAAAGCAAACAUACAGGAAGGAUGUCUGCUGUGCAUAUACCGGUGCAUAAGAUUUAUUUUCCAAUUGGGACUAAAAAUGGAAUUUUCCAAUUUCCUUUUUUUUUGUCCAAUCCCUGUUUAUAUCUGCAUUUAGUCUAUCUCUAUCUGCAUUUAGUCUAUCUCUAUCGGAUCUCAUAUUCUGCUUUAUUGAGUUGUUAGGUUCUCUAGUUCCCCCUAGUGCCCACUAUUGAAAAUGACAACCAACAAAAACAUAAUUCAGGUGCUAAAUUGUGCUGAAGUGCUAAAUUAAGUGCUAAAUUGAGGACCUUAACAUACUUUACUACAAACAAGAUUUUUUUGGUCUUUUUCACAGUCAAACAUAUAUGAUUAAAAUAGUUUGUAUUAGUGGUUAAUAUGAUAGUGGUGUGUCCAUUUAUUGUAUUUGGGGCUUAUUACGUAUAGCCCUACUGAUUGCAUAUCAAAAGUUUGCCUUUGGCUGAGAAGAGGUCUGGAACCGAAAAGCUAUUGUGAGCUUGCAGGCCUACAUUUUUUUACCACAGCUUUCUUUUUUUAUUUUAAAAGCCUUGUCCGUUGCUGAAUUCUAACGCUUGUAGCAUUGCCCAGGCUAACAUUGCGUCAGGUUUGUUUUUUUGUGUGUCUCCAAGUUCAACCUAUCCACAUGGGUAAUGUUGUGAGAUAUGGACCCCAGAGUGUUGGGUGGAGAUUAAAGAUAUACAUUUUGAUAUCUACUGUAUGAUUCUGUUAGAGAAUCGGAUCCCUUUCUUGUCAGCACUGACAUGACGACAUAUUUCAACCUCCAUAAGGCUGAAUCAUGGGGAUGAGUACAGUUUUUCCUGAAUAAAUUUAUAAAUCAUUUUAUGAAGAAUUACUGAGGAGUUAUUUUUGCCAAACAAACUGUUUACAGGGAGUUGUCGUGCUAGAUAAGGUAAUAUAAUUUAAGAUGUAGGAAAUGUAUAAUGUUA